AUGCCUAAAUUCAUUGUUAACACAAAUAUAAGCAAGGAUAAGAUUCCAGAAUCUUUUACAGGGGAACUGACCCAACAGUUAUCAAAAGCAUUGGACAAACCAGCACAGUAUCUAGCAAUACAGAUCUCUCCUGAUCAGAUGAUGUCCUUCGGUGGCUCCGCAGACCCUUGUGCUAUGUGCUUUCUCCACAGCAUUGGCAAGAUAGGGGAGCAGGAGAACAAGGUCUACUCCAAAUUGCUUUGUGAUCUGCUGAACAAAGAGCUGAAAAUACCAUCUGAGAGAAUCUACGUCAGCUUCUUCAACAUCAGCCCUGGCAACACAGGCUGGAACAACAACACCCUUGCUUGAGGUGCCCUUGAGUGGUAAAAGUUUAUUCCUGACCCCUCAGCCUGAUUUAAGUACUGCAGUUCAUCAUGUUACCAGCACCUGACAAAUGCAAAAGGCAAUGGCACUAUAGUU